UAAGCCUGGCAACCAUGGCAAAAGUUUCGCGCGAAACUCCGCACCGCCGGCUUUGUGAUUCUGUCGUAUUCAUGGAAAACGUGCUAAACGAGAAAUUUCAGAAAAUAGAGAAAAUUGGCGAAGGAACUUAUGGCGUGGUAUACAAGGCCAAGGACAAGACGACCGGAAAAUACAUCGCACUGAAGAAGAUCCGACUGGAAACCGAGUCAGAAGGAGUGCCGAGCACAGCAUUACGUGAGAUAGCCCUGCUGAAGGAACUCGAUCACCCUAAUGUUGUCCGAUUACUGGACGUCGUUCCGUGCGACAGGAAGCUGUUUCUCGUUUUUGAAUACAUGAAUGAGGACCUGAAAAAGCACAUGGACAAAGCAGUUCAAAGUAAGACAGUUCUUGGCGUAAAACUUGUCAAAAGCUACCUGUGGCAGUUGCUCCAGGGUGUUGCAUAUUGCCAUUCACACCGAAUUCUGCACCGUGAUCUCAAGCCACAGAACCUACUAAUCGACCAUGACGGCGGCAUCAAGCUGGCGGAUUUUGGGCUCGCUCGGGCAUUUGGUGUACCUCUUAGGACGUAUACACACGAAGUUGUAACUCUGUGGUAUCGAGCGCCAGAGAUACUGCUCGGUGCCCGAUUUUACUCGACCUCGGUCGACGUCUGGAGCCUCGGUUGCAUUUUUGCCGAGAUGCUCACGUUGAAAGCGCUUUUUCCCGGCGAUUCGGAGAUAGAUCAGCUCUUCCGAAUCUUCCGUACGAUAGGGACUCCCGACGAGACGACGUGGCCCGGGGUGACCAAACUUCCCGAUUACAAGCCCACUUUUCCACGAUGGGAAUCCCAGAAUUUGGUGAAACUAGUAACCGGACUGGAUUCCGACGGCGAAGAUCUCAUUUUAAAACUGCUCACUGCUGAUCCCGACGUUAGGAUUCCAGCCACGAAAGCACUCGGUCAUCGUUACUUCAGAGACGUUACUAUUCAGAGACCGCGCAACUCAUAACCGCAUACCUGCGUACACGAUGAAAUGAUAUUCACACUGCCAAUGCAUGAGAUAUGCAUACUUUGCUACAUCAGCUAAACGUUCAGCGAAAGAAUGUGAACUGACGACUGGUAUAUCCUGGGAGGGACCGAAGGUGUCCAUGCUCUUCACUUGGUGUUGAUAGGCACCCCGGUUCAAUGUUUUAUCGUUUCAAAUAAUAAACUCCACAUUUUCUGGC